UGUUUUCACUUAACACCUGAUAAUUGGACAUUUACAGGAUGAAAACCGGUUGGGUCUUCGUUGCCAUGACACUUUUGGGGUUUGGAUUAACAUCAAAAUAUAGACCAUGUAAAGCGAGAUGCAGAUCUCUAGGUCUGCGGAAAUGUUUCAAGAUAUGCAGAAUUGCAACAGGUGAUACCAUUGCUUUGCCUUGUUGGAAGAACUGCUCAGUCUUUAUAAAUGGUUCAAAUGCUGCAAAUGACCUUCGUGGAUGUAUCCAACAAUGUAGAGUUGGGAAAACUUGUGAAACUGCUUCUAACAAAACCGGCUUCAUCAAAAUACUGAAAGACAAAAUGCUUCGGGAAGGUCCAGUUUUCACAAAGGAUGGGCACUUUUACAUUGUUUUACCAUUGGCGGGUGAGAUCAGCAGAGUUGACUUGGAGAAAAAGCAGGCUAGCACGUUUGUUGCCCCAUCAGUAAAUGGGUUUAAUGGGAUGCCAGCAGGAUUACAAUGUGACACGGAGAACAAUAUCUGGGUUGCUGAUGCAAGGCUUGGUUUAUUGAAAGUGAAGCAAGAUGGCUCUUUCCAACAAGUAGCAACUAAAGACAAUCAGAAUGAAACCAUGCAAGGAUGUAAUGACCUUAUAUUUGACUACCAUGGUAAUCUAUGGAUCACUGCACCGUUUGGCCCCAUUGCCCCAAAUAACUUAACAGAAUCAAGGAAGGAUCCAUUUGGAAGUGUGUACUGCUAUAACAUGACAACUAACGAGAUUAUUAAAGUUGCCAAGGGAAUCCUAUUUCCUAAUGGUAUAGCUGUGCAACAUGAUAGCAAUGGGACUCCGAAGAAACUAAUUGUCGGGUCGGCAUUCAAUAUAACUGCCCCCUUAUGGAGCUUUGAUAUAGUCGGCCCUUGUCAAAUUGAGAACAAGCAAGUUUGGGGAAACCUUCCUGCCAAAAGUAAUAUUGAUGGUAUUGAUUAUGAUGAGAAGGGGAACCUUAUAGUGACAGACACUGACUCUAGUAUUCUGUUCGUCUUCGACAUAAAUGGAGGGAAUCCGACUUGUCAAUUAAAGUUGCCAACUACGCGUUUGACCAAUAUACACUUUAGGCCUGACUCAAAUGAGCUCUACAUUACUGGAGAUGCAUUAUUGAAACUACAAUGGAAAUACAAUGGAAUGAAGCAAUAUUGGGAGAUAGCUUAAAGUGUCGAAGUAUUUCUUAUAAUAAAAAGC